AUGGCCACUGUCGCCGCGGCUGACGCAGAGCGAAAGGUGCGGCAGCGCCGAGAUCAGGGGCAGCGUCUCGACGAUGCCCGCCAGGAACUGCUGCGCAUCCUGCACGACCCGUCGCCGCUGGACUACAACCUGACUAAUGGCCUGCCGCCGUCCUCCGUCGAUGAAUGGCCGCCAUCGGACAACCCGACAGUACCUGCACCGACAAUCGACAACACACCAACAACAACCUCGCGAAACGCUGUGAUUGAGGCUAUCAAAGCUAUCUGUGUGCCACCCGCCCAAUUGCGUCGGCAUGCGGCCGAUACAAAACAGCGCGAGGCCUAUCUGACUUGGCUGCACGCUCAGUUUGGCAUCCGGCGGCGCUGGUGGUCACCGCGGCCUGCGUUGGACGCAGGGCUCGAGAACUUGACCGAGGCUCUGCUGGAAGAAGAAAUGGCGACGCAACAUACCUUGUUAGAAGGCCAGCGCGAGCCGCAAAAGGCCGUACACUUUGCAAAGAUGACAGAGGCCACGAACCGCCUUGUCGACAGCCUGAUCAUCGAGGGCCACCGUAUCGGUAGCUUCGACGACCCCGUGGCCCAAAAGAGGUCCAUGGAGAGCCUCGAAUCGCCCUGGCACGCCAUGCGCAUGCUGCGCUCCGACGGCUACCCGAGUUUUCGGCUGCCCAACCUCGACCCCGCCGCCACGACUGCCGCCCGCCGCGAAGCCAACGAGGCCGCGCGCAACAUCUUCCGGACCUGGUCCCAAGCUCGGAUCUACGGUCGUCCCCGCGCUUCGGCAUUGCAGAUGGCCAUGGGACGCACGCAGAACGUGACCCCGGCUGUCUGGAACGCCAAGGAGGUCAAAUUCUGGGUUGCCAAGCUGUGCUACAACAUGCUCGUCAGCAGCGCACCUCCCGGCAUCCACAACUACAACACGCUCAUACUGGGCUUUAUCAGCGUCGGGCAGCACACGCUGGCGCAGCUCGUUGCUGACUCCUUGUUGUAUGACACGCGGCUGCUGCCCACACAGCAAACGCUGGUCUGUCUCCUGCACCAAGCGCGCGCACAGGGUGAUCUAGUCGGCUUUCACCGCGUGCUGCGACGCAUCGUGGCCCUGGAUCCGCGCGGCAUCAAGAUCCGCCGCCGCGCCACCCCCGACGUCGCCCGCUACGGCCUCCACCGCGAGUGGGCCCGCAACAACGACGUCAACCUGGCUUCGGGCUAUGUCGUGCAGCGCGCCGAUGUCGACGGUCCCGUGGUCGAGGCCGUCAUCUGGGGCUUGCUCUCGCUGGACCAGGUGCGCCACGCGGCCGUGGUCUUUUCCACCUACCUCGACGACUGCACGCACAUGGACGCGUCCACGCUCAACUCGGUGCUCGACCCGGUCCUGGACGCCGUGGACAUUCCCGGCGCCCGCGUGCUUCUGCGCGGCUUUUCCAAGAACGCCAGCAUCGUGAACAGGGUGCUCCUGAGCGAAACGCGCUCGGCGGAAAAGCUGGCGAUGCGCAUCCGCAUCCUACUAGCCAUAGCAACCGCGCCCGAGCCCGCACUACAGGCCCAGCCGAAACAAGAGCCUCCGCGGCCGCGCCAACGGCAGGCCGUUGUGACGCAUGCCGCAUCUGAGGCGGCGGACGACGAGCUACAGGAAACUACGCCGGAGCCGGGGGUAGAGGACGAGGACGAGUAUUGGACCGAAGAGGUGGACGACUACGUGGAGCCCGCGUACGACAACAUCCCGGAGCUCGCCUACGCAAGGAACCUACGAGCGGACGGCAAGCCGCUAUCCAAGUCGCAGAUCCGCAUGCUUAAGCAGUUUGACGCCGCCACGGCCGCGUCCCGUGAAGUGGAUAUGGCAGCGGAAGAACAACGACUCGAGAGCCAGCGGUGGCUAGACAGAGCCGCAAAGAAUAUGCACAAUGGCACAGGCUACGGCUACGGCUACGGCUCCGUCUAUGGUGGGUACAGCAGUGGCGCCGACCAACUGGCCGCCGCCCUGUUUGUGGCAGAAACAAAUGUCUACCUCAUGCGCCUGUCCAAAGUCACGGACGCCGUACAAAAAGCCAUUGACGCCUACGAAGACGAGUCUGCGCUUGCGGACCGCGCCGACGGCUGGUCGUCGCGCUUGGAAAGUCUGAUCAACGUCCCACAGAGGCAGCGGCAUGAGCAAGAGCAAUACCGCCGCAUGGCCCGCCUCAAGGCCGUCGACCAAACCGCCGAAGCCGUGCUCUCGUCGUGCUCUCAUAUCAUGGAGCAGUUUAUGGAAACCGUCACGGCCGAUCUGGCCGCGACAUCCGCUGCCGCGUCUGCUGCCGAGGCGGCUGCCGCGUCCGAAGCCCUGCAAAUGAAAACAAACUACUCGUUCCUGUCCAUUCUCCGGUCUUUUUUGAACCGCACCGGCUUGCCCUUUGGCGUGCGCUUGGCGGCGUACUUGUCGACUGCGAAGACUUACCAAGCGAACAAGUCUGAAGCCGCGGCCCAGGCUCAUGCGGAGGCAGAGGCAAAGGCAGAGGCAAAGGCAGAGGCAGAGGCGGAACAGGCCGGCCAUGCCGAGGCGGAGCAGUGGCACGGGGCAGGAGCCGAGGUUGACGCUGGUUGGUCGGACAAUGGCUACGACCACAAUUACGCUGAAAAUUACGACUACGACCCCUAUGACGACCCUGAGCGAAACCCCGAUCGCGACUCCGGUGAGCAAGCGGUGCCGCCCACGCCACCCUCGCUGCUGCCCUUCUCGCUCUCGCCGUCUCUCGCGCAGCAAACGGCUCUCCUCGAGCGCCAUGUAACUGAAGACAUGCCCGCUGUCACGUCCCUUUACGAGAACCAGCUCAAGGAGGUCCUGCUGCAGGCCAUCUUCCCCAUCGCCGACAACAGCCGCAAUAGUCUGGAGAAGACCUUUGCGCUGCGACGCGCCGCCCUCGACAUGACACUUGAAGCUCUGAUGGAGGCCCGCCUGCACCUCAUCGAGUACGGUGCCACCAUUGUCAUGGAAGAAGCGCCAGCCCUGGCAAUUACAGAUGGAAGUGAGACGCAUGCCGACGGCGUGAGCUGCGAGUCAGAGAUGGCCGACGAAUUUGCAGCCACCGAGUCUACGGGCGGAGGAGAUAAGGAUGCGUACGGUAACUUUCGAGUAGGCGCCGUCGUACCGAGUUGA